AUGGCUGAAUCAAAGUUCUCUGACGCGUUCACUUUCCUACCACAAGGUGCAAUCAUACAGGAGUUCCGAGUCGGCGGUCGAAACAUCGUGCUGGGCUUCCCAGAGGCUCAGGGCUACAAGGGCAAAACACCAUACUUCGGCGAGAACAUCGGUCGAUAUGCGAACAGGAUCUCAGGCGCGAAGAUCAACAGCUUGAAUGGCAAGAGCUACGAUUUGACAGCGAACAACGGACCCAAUACACUGCAUGGCGGCGUUCACGGCUGGGGCAAGAAGGAUUUCGAGGGCCCAACGCCCGUCAAUCGCAGUGGGAGAGAAGCGGUGGCUUUCAAAUACUUGAGUAAAGAUGGCGAAGAAGGCUUCCCAGGAACAGUGGAGCUUCGCUUAUGGUACAUUGCCUACGUCGACAAGAGCGAGGGCAAGGAGAAGACCGCGUUGGAAAUCGAGUACGAGGCAGCGCUGGUUGGCGACGAGGUCGAGGAGACAGCGGUCAGCUUGACAAAUCACAGCUACUUCAACAUCUCAGAUGGAGCCACGAUUGAGGGCACCAGAGUGAAGUUGCCCUCGAACUUACAUCAAGUGACCGAUGAGCACAGCAUUCCUACUGGCGAGAUCAAGUCAUUCCCUGGCAUUCCUGCGAACGAGGAGUUUGUGCUUGGAGCUACAGAGCCAGAUCCAGACCACUGUUUCAUCGUUAACGCCGAUCCUGCCAGCAUACCACUGGACACGCGAAAGAGUCCUUUGAACAAGCUGAUCGAGCUGUACCACCCGAACACCAGUAUCCACUUCGAGGCUCUCAGCACAGAGCCAGCUUUCCAGUUCUACGCCGGGCGCUUCAUCGACGUUCCAGCACACGACGGCGCACCAGCUCGAGGAAAGCGCAGUGGACUGUGCAUUGAAGCCUCGAGAUAUGUGAACGCCAUCAACAACGACGAGUGGAGACAACAAGUCGUCCUGAAGAAGGGCCAGACCUACGGCAGUAAGACCGUCUACAGGGCUUGGGUCGAGUAA